AUGAUGAUGAAAGCGGACGGCGUGGUUAUUGAGUUAGGCGAAAAGAGGCAGAAGACCGAAGACGUCGCCUAUUCUCGAAUAUCAGACCACGCUAGUCCCGGAACUAUACCUGCACGGGGACACAGCUGCCUAGUCUUGGUGGGCAAGGCCGAUCUCCGAUGCGUCUGCCUCGAAAACUCGACAAAAGAGGCGGCCUCUUCCUACCUGUCCACACGCCUCAUGCUUGCCUCUCUCCUCUCUCACCUCGUUCCCUUCGCCAAAAUGAGGCCUUUGAUGAUGAUGCUCCCCAUCAUCGCUACCCUGACGUUCCUCACGGUGAGCCUCGUCGCCUCCCAGCACAUCGUCAUCGACUCCAUGUGGAGCACCACGUACAACUACUCGCAAAUCCAAGAGUUCUCCAACCCAGCUAUCGCCUUUUCCCCCGGUCCAGCCCUCACCGCCUCCGUCAACGUCACCGCCUCCGUCUCCGCCUCCUCCUCGAAUCACGACCAGAUCGGCAUCUCGAUCUCGGACAACCAGGUCCAUCAGACCGUCGACUCGUUCGGUGGUGGUAUCACCGACAGCGUCGCCAUCGCUCUGCAGGAUUUCAAGACCAAGCACCCGAAGGACUACGACGACCUCUUGCACCUCCUGUUCUCCGAGGAUGCAGAGUGGUUGGAGAAAGGUGGGGUGGGGAUGAAUAGUGUACGCGUGCCGCUAGGGGCGAGCGAUUUUGGUCAGAGUCCGUAUACGUACGACGACACGGAGGACGGCUCCGAGGAUCCUGACCUGGAGCUGUUCGAGAUCAAGAGGGCUCCGAAGCUGUGGGCUACGUUGAGAGAUAUCUUGAAGGUGAACGGUGGAGUGAAGAUCUUCGUUGCUGCUUGGAGUGCUCCGGGAUGGAUGAAGGAGAACACUGACCCGGAUCAACCGUUGUUCGGGGGAAACUUGAAGGCAGGUAUGGAGAAAGUGUACGCAAAAUACUUGAUCAAAUCGAUCUCCGAGAUCAAGACAAAGGAACAGAUCGAUGUAUACGCCAUGAGUCCAGGAAACGAACCUCAAAUCCCCAGGUUGAAGUACCCGACGAUGAAGAUCUCCGCCGAUCAAGCGAUUCAGCUCGGCGUCCUUCUACGCAGCGGUCUCGACAGCGCCGGUUUCAAGUCUGUCAGAUUGCUCGCAUGGGACUUCAACUGGGACAACACCGACUACCCGCUCACCGUGCUCAAUGCCGACUCCACGCCUUGGUCAGGAAUAGCCUGGCACGGCUAUGCGGGCCAACCCCUCGCCCAAAAGACUAUCACCGAUGCCUUCCCGAACCUCGACACCUACUUCACCGAAAAAACCGUCGUGACGCAGUACUUCAACGAGCCCUACAAGAACAUCAAGAACGCUGCGCGCGAUCUGCUGAUCGGUUCGAUCCGGUAUGCGAGCAAGAGCGUCAUCUUCUGGAAUCUGGUGUUGAGAAAGGACGAGGAUGGAUUUACUAGUCCACAUCUGCCUGGGGUCUGUGAGAACUGUAACGCCGCGAUCUUGCUCUUGCCAGAGUCGACGGAUGGUGCGGAUGCGACUUCUGCAGAUACGAGUUCAGGCAAGAAGACUGCAGAUGCAGGUAGCCAGAAGAAGGAUUCGCGCAGGAAGAGGAGUAUGCUCCGACGUGCGGCUGAUGAGACGGUGACAUUCAAACCCGAUCCGCUCACCGCCGGCACCUCCGGCAAAGAUGCAUCGCAAGCCGUACCCGCAUCCAAGAUCGUCGACGCUCAAAAAACCGGUUCCGCCACAACCUACUCCUCCCCACUCUUCAAACGCACCUCUGAUCUCUCUGUCCUCUCGCACCUCUCCACCGCAGUCCGACCCGUCGGAGCAUCCAAGACGUACUCGAAGCGGAUCGGUGUCACCAGCACGGACGAGUUGACCGAACUGGGUGGACGUGUGCUGGCACAGGCAUUCCGACAGGACGGCGUCAAACCAGGCAUCACCAGGUUCUCGCUGAUCCUGCUGAACCAGAACGAUCAUUACGAGACGGGGGUCUGGGAGGAGGCGACGGCGGUGGUGGCGUUCAGGGGGUUGACGGCGAACGUCACGACGGUGCCAGGGUUGUACACGUUGAGCUGGGAGGCGCCGACGGUGAUGCAGCCGGAGGAGGUGCCGACGCCCAAGGACGGUGAUGGUAGCGAUACUUCUGGUGCUGGAGGCGCUGGCUCUGGCAACCCUGUCACUGCGUCGACCAGUAAACCUGCGGAUGUCGCUGCCGCUUGA